UGUGAUUAUUUUCUCGCUCUAGUUGACGAUGCCAAGCCCAAUGCCCGAGUAUCUGAAUGUGCAUUAUAUCUGUGAAUCUGCAUCACGCCUGCUCUUCCUCUCCAUGCACUGGGCGCGCUCUAUUCCAGCCUUCCUUGCUCUCGGGCAGGAAUGUAACACAGCUCUGGUGCGAGCAUGCUGGAAUGAGUUGUUUAUUCUGGGUCUGGCACAGUGCGCUCAGAUCAUGAGUCUGUCCACCAUCCUCGCUGCCAUCGUCAAUCAUCUGCAGUCCAGUAUCCAGGACGGUAUGGCACAGUUAAACAUCAAGUCUGACAUCCACAAAGUGUACUUUGUGCUGGAGACUAGAGAUGUUAUACAAUAAAACCGUUAGGGAACGCGCACAGGGUCUGCAUCCCUUACCAAAACAAGAUCCGAACAAAAGUGGCAGUUAUUAACCUUACUCAUAUGGCUUUUUUCUUCUUCUUCUUCUACAUGCUUUGUCGGAAGUGUUUCCUACUUUCAGUGGGUUUUGGUGCACCAGUAACCAUGAUGAUUCCUCAAACCAUUAAAACCAUCCUUGCAGAAAGAAGAGCAGUACUGAAACACAGCUGGAAUGUAAAAGCACAGCUCUGCAAAUGGCAUGCAGUUCUGUGUUUUAACCACAGAUGGUGGUAGAAAGGCAAAAGUAGAGGUCUGCACAUGAUAGAUUUUUCAGUCCAGUUCCCACCAAAAUGUUAUAUUUCAUUUUUUGUUUCAGUAAUGUCAACAGCAGAAAUCAUUUUCAAGUGCUGUUGAACAUACACA